AUGAAGCUGACCUGCUUGUCCGCCAGCGGCGGCAGCGGCUACCACUCGCCGGCGAGCCAUCUCCUGGAGCUGGAGGGGUUCCGCUUCCUCCUCGACUGCCCCAUCGACCUCUCCGCCCUCGCGGCCUUCGCCCCGGUGCCCCUCGCCGGUGACGCGGCGGGCCUCAUCCGCGCGGUGCCGCGCUACUGGUUGCCAGCGGCCGCGAAAGCAGGCGGCGUGGAUGCCGUGCUCGUGUCUUCCGCUACGGGGAUGCUUGGACUCCCCUUCCUCACCGGGCUCCCUGGAUUCGCCGACACCAAGGUAUAUGUGACAGAGGUAGCAGCAAGGAUCGGAAAGCUAAUGAUGGAGGAGCUGGUGGAGAUGCACCGUGAGUUUGUGAGGUACUAUGGGCCAGAUACGGAUGCAUCACCCAAGUGGAUGGAAGGGGAGGAACUCAAUGAACUCAUGUCAAUGCUGCAGAAGGCAGUGAUUGAAGGCAGGGAAUAUGAUUCGAAUUCUCUGGUGCCUCUGUACAGUCCAGGAAACAUAGAAGAAUGCAUGCACAAAGUACAGCCUGUUAAAUAUGGAGAGGAGGUUUGCUUCAAUGGCAUAUUUAUGCUGAAAGCUUCUAGUUCGGGCCUUGAACUUGGCAAUUCUACCUGGGCAAUAAAAGGUCCAAGAGCUAGCGUUACCUACCUACCAAGUUCAGUAUUUGUGUCAGCUCAUGCAUUAGAUUUUGAUUACAGCUCUCUGAAGGAAAAUGAUGUGAUUUUGUUUUCGGAUUUCUCAUCCUUGAAUGACAUGGAUGAGGAUAAUGAGAAACUGAAUGAGCAUUCAAUGGAUGAAACAGACUCUUCACUAUGUCGCUACUCAGUGUUGAGGGAUGACAGUGCUGAUGCAGAUGAAAAGAUGCCAUUCAUGUGCAACAAGGAUGAUAUCACAGAGGAGAUUGAGAGAAUCAGCUUUAUAUGCUCAUGUAUUUUUGAUGCAGUAAAAUCUGGAGGCUCUGUUCUAAUACCAAUUGGCCGCCUUGGUGUUAUUCUUUUACUUUUGGAGCUUAUAUCAGAAAUGCUACAUUCUUCCAGCAUGAAGGUACCCAUAUUUGUGAUUUCUGAAACAGCAGAAGAAAUAUUUGCUUUUACUAAUGCCUUGCCUGAAUGGCUAUGCAAGUCACGUCAAGAAAAGCUAUUUGCUGGUGAGGCAUUGUUUGGCCAUGUCGAGCUUUUGAAGGAGGGCAAAUUAUUUGUGUUCCCGCAUUUACACUCAAAGGGCUUACUGGCAGCAUGGAAGGAGCCUUGUAUUGUGCUCUGUCCACACUGGAGCCUUAGGCUUGGCCCAGCUGUCCAUUUGCUUCGUCGCUGGCAUGCAGACAAACGGUGCCUUCUUGUUGUGGAGCAAGGAAAUGAUGCUGAGUUGAGUCUUAAGCCUUUCAUGCCCUUGGCAAUUCAAGUCCUUGAAUGUUCUUUCCUUUCUGGCGUAAGGGUGGGAAAUAUUGAUCCAUUACUGGGAGUGCUCAAACCGAAGUUUGUAAUGCUUCCUGAAAGUCUUAAGUCACGGUGUUCAAUAAAGGAGGUGCCAUGGUCAUUCUUCUAUUACUCCAAGGGCAAGACCAUCGAGCUCCCAAAUUUACGCGAAGAUUUUGAGGUGCAUCUUGCAACUGAUGUUGCCUUCAGAUUGCAGCCUAGGCAACUGAACGAAACCACUGCAGUGGCAAGAUUGAGAACAAAGCUGCUUGUAAGCAGUGGACGGUACCAGCUUGCUUCUGCAGAAAAGCAAUCAGAUCAAUCAAAGCGUCACUUGCUACACUGUAGCACUAUUGACCCAGGUCGCUUGCUGUCAGCAUUGCAAGAGAAGGGGAUGGUAUGUUCAUUUGCUGCAGAUGAUAGCUCCACUGCUAGUGAAUGUUCUGUUCUGAUUACUAGUCCUGGAGAUGCUUUGGUGAAGAUAACAUCUGAUAGGACUGUUAUAUACUGCGACAAUGAGAGAACAUCCAAUCAAAUUUACGAUUCACUUGGCAGUGUUUGUAAAGGGAUCUGA